UAGCUAAUUGACUGAUAUUCCUUGUUUUCAGCUGUGUUCAUGCUGAUUUGAGUUUAACCCACUGACUGCGAAAAAAUCUCGGAUGCGGUGGGGUCAUAAAGAAGUCUCUCUCUGUUUUUUUAAUCCAAAGCGGAAAAUGUGACGGGUUUUAUUGAAUGGCUGUGUGUCCGUGUCGCCAUCACUCAUAGUCCUCCACUGCGCCAGGAUGGAGCGAUCGCCACGCUGGAGAUGACGCAAAUGACCCAGCUCUCCCCAAAAAAGUGCUUCAAGACGAACAUGGCGGCAACUUAGCACAGGACCAAAGAUGAUUGUGACUGUCAACCGCAGAAGCUCGAGGCCAUCCGCCCAGAUCCGGUCCAGGAAAUUCGGCGGGCCACAGCGCGAAGUUCUCGCCUUCCCUUGACGAAUGCAGGUAGAGGGAGAGGAGGAGACGAAGAGGCGGCAUCCCAGCGACUCAUUCACGGCGAGCAGGAGAGCAGAGCAGAGGAGAGGAGGAGAGAGGAGAGAGACAUGCUGGCGCGGAGGAGCGGGCUUUCCUCCCGAGAGCCACGAACUACGGGAAUAUGCCAGCGUGUGCUUCUUUCUCUGUCCGUGCAUUAAGUGAACCGGAAUAGCGGAUCGACACAGAAACAGCAGGAGAGAGAGAGAGAGAAAGCGAGAGAGAGAGAGAGAAAGAGAGAGAGAGAGACGCGUUUACAAGGGAAAAAAUCCAUCUAGUCCACCCCCCAAAGUCAAUGAAUAUUGUGGCAGAGGAGCCGUCGCGGUGGAGUCGGCCGGCGCCGCGCUUUCCUAAAAUAUGACCAGGGGUGCUCGGACGUGUCGGCAGCAAGAUGACGGCUUAAACAUCCGCUCUGCACCCCGCCAGGACGACAAGCCAUCCGCCGAUUCGGAACGGGCCCAGCGAUGGCGACUGCGCUUGGCCUCCUUCUUGUUUGCGAGCGUCCUGCUCGCUGAUCGCCUGUGGCUGUGCGCCGCGGCCAAAUGGACGAGCACUGAAGGCGAGCGACGGGACGCGGUGGCGUUCAGCGACACGGGGGAUCAGGAGUACCGAUCUUCUCCCGGCACCACCGACUAUACUCAUCUUUUCGCAGGGAAUUCUAGCACACCUCUGUGGAGACUGGAAGCGUGCCACCCUGACAGCGUCUCCAAAAGCUGCUUCGCGGUGGCGGACGCCGAGGCCGCCUGUUCGGGCCUCUCGGACGCCGAGUGGAAUCUGAGUGAUUUGUACCUGCACUUUUGUGAUUCCUACUCCCUUUUGGAUUUGUUUUACGGGUUCUCGAGUCCGGACAACGUGAGCUGCGGCCUCAACAUGUCGGAGUGUUCCCGGUGCGUCCGGGCAUACCAGUACCUCGACCGGCGAGCUCAGGAGAGGUACCAUGAGUUUGAGCUCCUGGUUCAGAAAUACGAAACGGACGCGUAUUCGGUGCGGACAUGCAUGGAUGAAUGCACGACUGUCUACAAACACUGGCUGUGUUUCCAGUACUUCCAGACCACACAGAUGCAUUGCAGCAACAGGAUCCCUUGUAGACAGUACUGCUAUGAGGUCCAGCAGAGGUGUCCUUUCAUAUUGCCUGACAAUGAUGAGUUAAUUUAUGGUGGAAGCCCUAGUUUUAUAUGCACAGGGCUCGUGGAAGACAGCCCUUCAGACGUAGAAGCAGAGUGCUGUGACGUUCGAUGGGACAGCAAGUCUGACAACAGCUCCAAAGGGACUUUCAAAAGAACUCACCCGUCAUGCCAGCACGGGACGUCCCUGAGCUCGUCAGCAAACUCCAGACUGUGCAACAGCAGGCUCAAACUCUGCCUGCUAGUCCUGGUCCUGCUCCAUACUGUGGCCACAAUCACAGCCUCCCACAACCUCAGCACCAUGUCCUCCCUGGAGGAGAACUCCACCAAUGAUGAGUGACGAGGCAGGUGAUCAUUACAGCCAGCAAACGUCAGUUCUCAGUCCAGCUCGGAUUGGCUGCAGUGCUUUCUGGGACUCCUAGUGCAGGACGGGAUUACUGUGGACAUGCAAUCAACAAAGCAAACAAACGGACAGACAGACGGACCUGCGAACGUUAUAAAGAACACUGGACAAACUUAAUCCAAUGUCAUGAACAAGGGACAACACCACAGCCUUUUGUUGAAAGAGACCUCUCUAGGGUGGAGUUCUCUCGCACCAUAUUUUUUACACUGUGUCAAAUGGUUUGGAUUUCAGUUGCACUAGAUGACUACAGGAUCUCUUCAUGUUCUCGUUUUCUUUUCAUUACUGGUCUUUGUGCAGGAAAGGAUGGGACACAUGGAUGGGUUACGUGUAUAUUAUCAAAAUGAAAAUACGAGUGUGUGCAUGUGUGUGUAUGUGUGCAUAUCUGUGCCCAACCAUAUGCUUCAUAUAUGCUGCUCUGUCCAUCACAAGGAUUACUAUGGAGCCUAGAAAACAGUUUUAAUAGGUCAGAAAGUACAAAUCUACCUAAGAUGAAACCCAGCAUUCUGAUUCGUUAAUUGAUUCUCCCUUACUAAAGCUGACCGUGCAUACAGUAGUUUCGCCAUUGCAAUGUCAUUGGGACAGUAGGUCAGGAGGUUUUGAGGCUCCAGUUAUGUGUGCAAUAUACAGAAAAGUUAUUGACUGGAAAUAGAAGUGCUUGCUGAAAAAGCCUUUGUCAAAUUGUAAUCUUUGGAAUAUGAUUCACUAUCAAGGUGAAUGCUUCCUCUUUGGUAAUGUCCACUCAACCUCCACAAAAGCAAAAACUCCCUAAGUCUGCUUUUCUCCCACCCCUAGUAAUAUUUAUAGAGAUAUAUUUUCUACUCUAUAUUCAAUAAUUACAUGUUAUUACUAAUGUUUAGACUAAACAGUCUAAAUUUUAUUAAUAAACCCAAAUGAUAUGGAGACAACAGGUUCAUAGCGCAAUACGUUUUAAGCAGAUCUCAGCUUUAAUUUGGAAUAUGGACGUGGCCAGAAGGAACAUAAGAGACAAAACAACCAAAAGAGUACCCAUUGCUUUGCUGAAUAUCUCAUAUCUUCCACGGUAAUGAAAGGGCUUUUUCAUUGUUUACACAUGCACACAUUCACACACUUCUGCAAUUCUUGCUUGUAGAGCGUAAUAUGGCAUGGACAGCUCAGUUAAAUUUUUUUUCAUCCUAGACUAGAUGUGUAUUAAUAAAAAAAAAUAUUUGUUGCUGCAUAUUCGUGACGAUCCACCAUAUAGUCACGCAGCUCCCUAUGGCCAGGGCCCUUAUGAGUGACCCAAAGAUAUGAGAGUUGUUUUUUUCUGUCUUUCUUUUUUCUUUUUUUUUUGACUGAGCAGGAGCAGGGGAGGAGAUGCUAAGGGCUGAUUUCCUGUUUUUUUCCCCUUUUCUACAGUUAUACUCUAACAAAUAUGAGCUGCAUUCAUAUUCAUAGUGGCUCAGAGACACAAUAAUGAUUAGCAUUUUAAGAGCAUGAGUGUUUGGAUUUGUACUUCAUGAUUAAUCUGAGUCACAUUAGAUAGCUUGGGCGCCAAACAGCAUUCUUAGGCCAGCGGCAGAGACAGGGUCAGCAACUUUCAUUCUGCAGUACAACCCAAAACAUUCAAAUUGAAAUCUAUAACUAACUAGCAUGAGCUCAUUGGCUUCUUUUGUAGAUCAUUUAUAGAUCUAUGGAUUUGGGAUUUUAGAGGAUUUUCUGUAUUUUUAGAAAAAAACACAGAUCUAAAAUACAGAGAACAAAUUUAAGGGUUUGUUUCUCUUUACAUAUACUACACCUUCAUAAAAUCUUUUUUUUAUAAAGGAAAAUAAGAAUGAUAGAUCAAGUAGAUCAAUUCUUUGGCCUCGGUAGCCCCUAACCUUACUGUAUUUCUGCAAAAUUGUUAUAAGUACUAAUUAUAAAUUCAUUCAUUCUGAAUAUUAGAACAUUAAACUAUAUUGGGUUUGAAACUAAGAUUUCAGUGCACUGGAGUUGAACUGGAGUUGAAGUUGCUGAUUUAUUUUUGGAGACUGAAUUAAUUGUGCAUUCAACAGAUUUGGUUUGAUGGAAAAUGAAUGCUAAAUAAUGAGCUGACACAUAAAUUAGUAAAACAGUCACAACCUUCACUUUCUUUCCAUCAAAUUUCCUUUCACUUCUUUAUCUCACAAGGCUACUAAGAUUUCCUUUAAAUCAAAGGAAACUUAUUUAAUAAAAUUUGAAAUAUUUUUGAAGAAUGGAUAAUGUAAUAAUGGUAUGUUGCCUUGGAAUACAGAGGUUCAUUUUAGUAACAAUUCACAUUCUGGAUGAAUUUGAACUGUGGGAAUUUAAAACUGAAUCAAAAAUGUCUACUUUAAAGCCUUUCUUAACCAGUAAGCUCUCAAUUCAUUCCAGUUCCCCAAUACUUAAAGGAACUAAGCUCAAGAGCUAGAGUGAUUUAAAAGUAAAAUGAUUAAAACUGAUAUAAAUAUGAGUAAGAAAUGUACUAGGUCAUUCAGUGUGGCAUGGCUUUGGUACAGCAAGGACUUGUCUAAUGAAUAAUUAAAAGACACCACAGAGAGAUGGCCCUCCUGAGAUCUUAUUAGCGUACUCAUAACACCAGAGCCUCUUUUGAGACCACCUGUUCUGGAGUGGCACAGAGAGAGAGAGAGAGAGAGAGAGAGGGAGAGAGAGAGAAAGGAAUUAUUCACCCCAUUCACCUCCUCUAGACACACACAGCAGACACACACUAAUCCACAAAUAAACAGUUCCAUCCCUUCCAUCUGGACCUGUCAGGAGGAAAGAGAACAGAAUAGAACAAGGAAGAAAAAGACAGAUGAGACAAUAAUAAGAAUGAUAAUAGGAAGGGAAGCCAUAGCAGAUAGAGGAGGACAGAAAAAAGCAGAAAAAGAAACACCCCCCCCACCCUCUUCCCCCC